AUGGCUUUCUGUGCCGAAUGCUGGAAGCCCAUCGGAGCCCAACCGACGGUGGCCUGCCGCCGGUGCGCCGUUUCUUUCCACCGCACGUGCCUGCGCCUGACAGACCCCCAGCUGACGUCACAGGAAUGGUGGUGCGGGUCUGACGCCAUCUGCCAGCGAUCCCGCUUCGACCGCCAGAGCUGCGUCACUAAUGAAGAGAACAGGGAAGCGCUGAAGAAUCGGGGGGACUCCUCAUUCCGCACUGACUGGGACAAGCUUCUUCCGUCCGGCAACUACGUGAACGGAACCUGGGCGAGUCGGCUCAAGCAGUGCAUCGAGGCCGGCGGAGACUUCCGGUACGAGGUCGCACCGAUUGUGGGCACACGGGGGCAGCUGUGCAAGAAGAAGCUUCCGGUGCCAGCUGAGUACCUCUCCUGCAAGUGGGACCCCCGGAAGGGCUACGUGGGCGACGAGAGUCUUACGCGCGCGCACCAGGAAACGGUGGCGGAGCUGCGCGACUUUACGAAGAUGCGGUCCCACCUGGCCUUUCUCGCGAAGCUCAAGUACAGAGUUCCGCUCGAGGAGCUGCGGGAGCUCGUGGACUGGAUUAGCGGACUGAGCGGAAUGGCGGGCGACCUGAAAGUGUAUGACUCGACUGUGGGGGACGCCAACGGGAUCGGGAAAGUGGUCUAUGUGAGCCGCGGCCGCGACGUUCUGCGGGCCGCCACGGCAACGCGGGUCGGUGCGGUACCACCGGUGGACGGGCAUCAACGGAAGCGGAUGACCACGGAAGCCGUAGAUCCGUUCCCCGGAACCGAUGUGCCCGGAACCGCCCACACCGGGGCGAGGAACGACGACUUCCAAGCAAAGUACAUCGCGAUGCUGGAGGCGAUCUUUGAGGACGGCCGGAAACGGAACGAGAACGAGCGGAAGAGGGUCAGAGUCUGCCUCGACCUCGCUCAAGACUGCCUCAGCAGGGGCGACUCAAAAGGGGCGCAGGCCUAUGAGGCGAGGGCCCAGAGCAUCUCCACGCUAAGUCAACUCGCCGGGGUUGCUGGACCAGAUAUCCCGACCCCCCUUCCCGGGCUCUCACCUGGCGCGGCGAAGCCCGGCGAUGAAAGCCCAUAG